AUGGAAGAUGCGUGGGCAAUGGUAUUCUCCUAUCUUCCACCCCGUGAAAUUCGAAAAUGUGAACGAGUUUGCAAGAUGUGGAGACGUCUUGCGCAUAGAGCUAUGCGUCAACUUGAAGCUAUCAACUUUGAACGCGAUUUUCCAGGGGCUAUUGCGUUCUCAACUCGUGUACAAAAAGUCUUGGGUGGGUAA